AGAAAACGGUACUAUAGCUCCGCUUAUUGUUGAUAGUAGAUUGGAUAAAAUUGCUCUGAGCAUCUAUAAGAGGCGGAUUUUGAGCUAUUAAACAAUUCUUCCCAUAUGGAAAACAUAUUCCUAACUUCAAACUAUCAAACGAAUGAAUUGAAUCCGCCCAAUCAUGACAAAUGGAAGUGGCGUACCUUUAGAAAGCGCGUGAGGUCAUAUAGAGUUGAAGGUAGGAUUAAGUUUAUGCGCACAAAUUUUCAUAUCUUCUUGAUUGGUAUUUGAGUCUUAAGAGAGGUAAAGAGGAGGGGAACAAGAGGG